ACUGAGGCGUUGUGUGUAUCUCGCAAAAAUCCGACAAUGGACCAGUUUAUAUCGGGUUGUUGUGAGCACUCUUUUGUAUUCGUGAAUUAGGCUUUGCAGUUCGCUGUUCUUUGGUGCCUUUUUCGGUGUGAAAGUGGCAUAAUCGUAAUAGGUUUGACGGAGUCUGCAAUCCGCGCUGUCUUAAACCUAGUGGGGAUCGUCAGGGGUUGAGAAGGUUUUGGGAGGGAAGAUAUGAUGAGCCAACGGCAGCUGGUGGUGGCCGUGGAGGCCACGGGAGCGCUGGGUCCGUUCUGGUCCGUUCUGCUCACUGAGUAUGUUGACAAAAUCGUCAGAGCAUUUUUUGACGAGUCGAAUAACCAGAAAAAUGGUUCUUCACCUGGAGAAGUGGCUUUGGUUGUCUUCAACACUCAUGGAUCACAUUCUGAUUUUCUGCUCCGGCAAAGUGGGUGGACAUCGAGUAUGGAUCUGUUCUUCAAAUGGUUGUCGGCUUUAACUUUUGAGGGUGGUGGUUUUAGUGAAGCUGCUGUUGCCGAAGCUUUGGCUGAGGCCCUCAUGAUGUGUUGUCCAGGACCCAAACCUCCGACUGUUCCUCAUCAAAAGCAUUGCCUCCUAAUUGCAGCUUCGAAUCCUUACCGCCUUCCUACGCCUGUAAUGCGACCACCAGUCAUUCUCCUGUCAACCGGACAAGCAGAACUUCAGUCCGAACAAUGGUGGCUUGCGGAUGCUGAAACAGUUGCGAAGGCUUUUCCACCAUGCCAGGUGUCACUUUCAGUUAUCGCUCCGCGGCAGCUUCCUCUACUCCGUUCUAUUUAUAAUGGAGCAAAGCGAAAUCCGCGGGCUGCUGAUACUGGACCUGAUUUUUCUAAGCUACACUUAGUCUUAAUAUCUGAAGGAUUUCCCGAGGGGAAAUUAGCCCUUCGUCGGGCGUCUGGAGCGUCAAACACUGCUGUGUCGUCUAGCUUAUCUGCGAAACUUGAGCCACUAUUGGCUACCACUACUUCCGCUCCGUCCCAACCUGCUGUUCGUCCAAUGCCACCAUCUACUGCUGUCGGAGCUAUGAUGGGUCGUCAAGCUGUUUCGAAUGGAUCUAGUGGUGUUACCAUGGAGAACCAGUCGCUUUCGCAUAAUACCGUCGCUGCUGUACCUCUUCCAUCACAGCAUCCCUCAUCUUCAGGUGUCUCCGGCACAGACACGAUGCAGACUUCGGUGCAGACUUCUGACACGUCCGCUUCAAGUCAAGCCAAAGUUGGACCUGUUGGUGGAAAUCCUUCUACGUUGGGUCAUGUUGGUACACUUACUCAGCCACACAAGAUGCCAGGAGGGGCUGUUGCGAAUGGAGGUCCUGCCGUUCCGUCUGGCGCUAGUUCAAAUCCAACAGCUCCUUCUUCCUUGACUUCAGGGCCAGCCACAAUCAUACCAGGCAAUGGCAACGUACUUACCACGAUAGGGUCGGCUACUACUGUAGGGAUGAAUACAGGAAUUGGCCAUAGCUCAAUAGGUACUCUUAGUGCAAAUGCAAACACAAUUGCAAGUUCAAAUCUUGUUGGACCCACUGGAAGUCUUGUUCCUAACCAGUUGGGGCCUUCUACAGUCUCUCCUCUGCAGCAAGGAGUGGGUCAACUUCCCGUAAGUGGCGCAGGUCAGCCUCAAGCUAAACCUUUGGGUGCAAUAGCUGGAAUGGGAGUAACAACAACUGCUCUUGGGACAGCUGGCGUCAAUGCGGGGGUUAAUUCAAUGCCUCCUUCAUCAGGAUUUGUACAGCCCGUGCAACCUGUCCAACCCCUUGCCCCAGGAAUACACGGCGUGACACAGACUGCACAGUCUGCAACACCGCCACAACAACCGUCCGGAAGUAUGAAAUACACUAAGCUUUGGGAGGGUAUCUUGGCCGGACAGAGGCAACAAAAGCCUGUACCGAUCUGCAAGUUAGAGGGUUACCGACAGACCUCCUCUUCUGAGAAGCUAGCUGCUGAUUGGCCGCCCACAAUGCAGAUUGUGCGGCUUAUUGCUCAGGAGUACAUGAACAGCAAAGAGUAUCAAGGCAAGGCAGAGCUUCUGGUGUUUCGGCCACUUUCGUCUCAUGGAUUUCUUGUUCAAUUGGCUGAAAAGAAACUUUGUGCUGUUAUCCAGCUUCCUUCGCAAACUCUACUUCUGGCGAGUACUGACAAGCCCGGCCGCAUGAUUGGAAUGCUGUUCCCAGGGGACAUGGUGGUGUUCAAACCGAAUGUAGCACCUAGCUCUCAGCAGCCGACUGGAGCAGUUCCACCGAUGGCCGGCACGGGUCAGGCCAUGGGUCAAACGUUGGGGCAGUCUAAUUUCUCACAAGGUCAGCUUCAAGCUCAGAUGCAUCCCCAACAGUUGAAUGCUGCUCAACAAAUGACUGCACAACAGUUGAAUGCCCAGCAGAUGGGCCCGCAACAGUUAAACUCCCAACAGUUGAAUGCAGCACAACAAAUGAAUACGCAGCAGCAGAUGAACGCUCAGCAAAUGGGCGUGCAGCAAAUGAAUCCCCAGCAGUUGAAUGCAGCACAACAGAUGAAUACGCAGCAACAGCUGAACGCUCAGCAGAUGGGCGUGCAGCAAAUGAAUCCCCAGCAGUUGAAUGCAGCACAACAAAUGAAUACGCAGCAGCAGCUGAGCGCUCAGCAGAUGGGUAUGCAGCAGAUGAAUCCUCAGCAAUUGAAUGCAGCACAACAAAUGAGUACGCAGCAGAUGAAUCCUCAACAAAUGAGUGCACAACAAAUGAACCCUCAACAAAUGAAUGUGCAGCAGAUCAAUCCUCAGCAGAUGAACGUGCAGCACAUGAAUACACAGCAAAUGAGUCCUCAGCAGGCGCGUCCGCAGAUCAUGCCCGGGCCAGCCAGUUUACAAGGAUCUGGAUACUUACCAUAGUCAUGGGAAUUGUUCCUAGGCCUCCCCCAACAUGUGGCAGUAAUGCGAUCGUCUACAAUUAUGUAAACUACUGAGUGCAAUUUAUAUAAAAUCUACCCGGGAGUUUUUCGGGGAACAGCGCACAAGAUCAUGUGGACUAAGGGUUCAACCGUCAUACGGCAAGGGGAAGGUGACGCAUCAAUUGCACUGUUACAGAACCAGCCGCAUUACUGAAACCCUAGUACAGGUGACCAGUAGAUAAAAACAGCUGCCCAAGUAGCCAGUUUCCAAUCCAUUCCAGUCCUUACAGCUUAUAAGGGACAGUUUGCAUAAGAACGGAAAAGACUUGGCAGGGAUUGGCGCAAGAACACGCGCACGCUGUAACUUGGAGAGACGGCGGAUGAUGAAGUGCGGUGUUGCAAGAACAAGGCACUAGACUGUUGUGUUGGCCAUGUGCUCUGGUGGCCACUACGAUGGCUGCGACCAGAAUAGCAAUAGCGGAGUGAUGUCGGUUAUCAUCAGUAGGACUUAUAAUUAGCUGAAUGUCAACUCUAAUACUACAAUCGGAGCCGCGGAAACACGGAUUUGGUUCGGUUAGUUUUCGACCUCCAUACGCGUCAUGUCAGUUGAUUUCUCGGUUACCCUUCACGUCAAUGUGCAGCUCCUUAAGUCAUUUGGAUCUGUAGAAUCUACACGAAAUGAAGAUUUCUGAGAAAAA